CCUUUCUGUCGUGUUGCAAGUGGGGUGAAAUCUCGGGAGCUGCUCGAGAGCGGCGGAGCGAGCAACAAACAGCGUGAAGAUUCAAAAACGUGCAACUUGUACGCGGCGAUUUUGCAACGUCUUAUACGGAGGCAGUCCCGUCGUUUCAGGGCACACGAAGUUCUCGAGCAGCGACAGACGUCUCACUUUUCUAUUUCUUUUCUUAACUUGGGAAAAGUUCAACUGCGGAACUCGGCGCAGAAAGUCAGGUCGGUGGUCGGCAGCUGGUUCUGCAGGAAUGUCGCAGAAAGAAAGACCCAACUUUUAUCUGCAGGACGUCAACAAGACGAUAUGGGAAGUCCCCGAGCGCUACCAGAAGCUGUCCCCGGUCGGCUCCGGCGCCUACGGAUCCGUGUGUUCUGCGUACGAUGCGAAAACCGGUUUGAAGGUUGCUGUGAAGAAGCUCUCCCGGCCGUUCCAGUCCAUUAUUCAUGCCAAGAGGACUUACAGAGAGCUCCGAUUGCUUAAGCACAUGAAACAUGAAAAUGUGAUCGGCCUCCUCGACGUCUUCACCCCAGCCACGUCCCUGAAGAAAUUUUCUGAUGUGUAUCUUGUGACUCACCUCAUGGGGGCAGAUCUUAACAACAUAGUGAAAUGCCAGAAACUCACAGAUGACCAUGUUCAGUUCCUCAUAUACCAAAUCCUGCGAGGAUUAAAGUACAUCCACUCAGCAGACAUCAUUCACAGAGAUUUAAAACCUGGUAACCUGGCAGUGAAUGAAGACUGUGAGCUGAGGAUUCUGGACUUUGGCUUGGCGCGGCUCACGGAUGACGAGAUGACGGGGUAUGUGGCGACCCGCUGGUAUCGCGCCCCGGAGAUCAUGCUGAACUGGAUGCAUUAUAACGUGACAGUUGAUAUUUGGUCGGUGGGGUGUAUAAUGGCAGAACUUCUCACUGGAAGGACUCUGUUUCCUGGUACUGACCAUAUAAACCAGCUACAGCAGAUAAUGCGCCUGACAGGAACACCGCCAGCAUCUCUAAUAAACAGGAUGCCCAGCCACGAGGCCAGAAACUACAUUCUCUCAUUGCCACAAAUGCCCAAGAGGAACUUUGCUGAUGUAUUCAUCGGUGCCAACCCACAGGCCGUGGAUCUUCUGGAGAAAAUGCUGGUUCUGGACACAGACAAGAGGAUAACAGCAGCGGAGGCUCUGGCACAUCCGUAUUUCUGUCAGUACCAUGACCCGGAUGAUGAGCCGGAGGCCGAGCCUUAUGACCAGAGCUUUGAAAGUCGAGAGCUGGACAUUGAGGAGUGGAAACUUUUAACCUACGAGGAGGUGUGUAGUUUUGAGCCGCCUAUUUCUGAUGAAGAUGACAUGGAAUAAUGCAACGCUUCAGGCUCAAAUUUGUAUCCUACACGGACAUGUGCAUUAGUCAGACUCCUUUUAUCAGAGUGCCUAUCAGCCUAUGUCAGUUUUAUGAAUUGAGAAAAUAUUUUUAUAAUCAGCUUUUGCAAUGGGAAUUGUUACUGGUGCAGGGCAAGAAGGAGCUUGACCAGUCAACAUUAAUCUUAUUUAUAAACCACUGAGGCGGGGGAAAUGUCGCUUCUUUGCAUCAGCUGAAAUCAUUUUAUACUCUAAUCCUUUUAUAAUGCAUCCUCUGACUCAUCACUGUGACUCUGACAUGCUGAAACACCUGAAUCUAUAGCUGUGCUGUGUUGUUAGUGUUGUUGUUUUUGUUGUUGUUGUUUUCAAAAUCAUUAAUUUAUGAAUAAGCUUUGUCUGUCAAAAAAAAAGAUCACACUGUUCCAACACACACUCUGACUCUGCCAGGCUGUCACAUAUGACAUUCAGUCAUCCAUACCUUCAUUUUACACAUCUGAAACGUAAGUAGAGUUGAUGUUUUUAGGUUUGACACGUGUAGUGCUCGGCAACUGAAUUUCACAUUUUCAAGUCAAUCGUUUGAUCCUUCAUGAGACUCUGCAGCAUAAUUUAGCUACACAGACAAACUUGAGCCUCUGCUGUUAAAGGACAGUGCAGUAAUGUUACUGUGUACAUGCUCAGUUAAAAACCAUGUAAAUAUCUGUGGCAUAUUGUUUAAAUACUUUGGCCUUGUUAUGGAGCAAUCACUUUUAGCAUGUACAUCACUUAAAGACUUUGUGUGUGUCUGCGUGAGUGUGUUGGUGGUUUACAGGAAUUUUAAGUGUCUCUAAAAGUAAUACUGCUUAAAUGUCUAAAAGAGGGCUUUCAAAUGUAUUUAUACUUUGUGGAGGUAGUAUUUAUAAACAGUUGGAAGAUCCCUUAAAGUAUUUCUAGUGCAGCAGUGUAAUUACUAUCUUUUGUCUUUUUGUUUAACAAUGAAUAAAUACUUAUUUUUAUGAAACACA